AUGAGCUACUUCCCUACCAACACCGACCUGCUGAUGUUCCUUCGCCGCUACCAGACCGCCUUGGAGGCGAGCCGCACUGGCAGCCACAUGCCUGUGCCAUUAGUCGUCACGGCGGAGGAGCUCUCCCUCUCUCGCGGUGGUAUGGAUGAGAGAGCUGUCGUGCGUGGAGGAUGGCAAUCUGAGGUGGCUCGUUUACCAGGACAAGAGAUGAUGAACCUUGAAGAUAGCAGUGAGGACAAAGCUUUGGAGGCGGACACUUCGGUCGCGGCUUCAGGUACCUUAGGCCGCGCAUCGAGCUUCAUGGCAUCACUGCGUAGUCUGCCUCCUCUUGCCCUGCCACCACCAACAUCCUUGCCCGCUCGGCCACUACUACAGUCUCCUCAAGAGAGCGCCUAUUUGAGGGGCACGACUCCCGACCUGUCUGCGACAGCAUCCCCGGCCAGUGAUGCUGUUGACGACAUCGUUACUCAUGGCCCAGCCCUGCUCAUCGAUAUGAACGGCUUGGGUCCACGAGACCAAGGCUGGUGGCCAAUCUGGGCCAGCAACCUGGUGGAGCUGCUUGGCAAGGGAGUGGCACUCGGUCUCACGACUCACCAGGUUUACGGAGCAAGCCCAGCACUCCUCAGGAAGGACUGGAUGCCUUUCCUCACAUAUCUUGGCCCAUUGCUUGCCAAAGUCGCGCCCGCCCUGUACGACCAAAUGAAUCGCGGAAACCCACGCGUCAAACCGCACACUACACGCGCCAAACCCGUAACCGGACAUACGCUAAACCUGCUGGACAUACGCCGCCCCUGUCUAUGCCCCUUCUACGCGCCUUCCACCACUGAACCGAUACCGACAAUAUGCGCCGACUGCCAGAACAGCAACGCAACACCAGGAAGAGAGGGACAUAGGCCACGUCAAGAUUCGCUGGACAAGGACAUAGAUGCUGACAAAGAAAGAGCCAAAGCAGGAGCUGCUAUUUGCAAAACUGUAGACGGGCAACACCCGGAGUCACUCUUGCGGAUACGAUAUGAACCUCAAGCUUAUGACCGUUUAAGACAAGUCACGAAUCAACUAAGCAGAACCCUCCUGGACAAUAGGCAGUCCCAACAACCUCCUCUCCCUGCCCUAGGCGACAACGCCAGCAAGAUGCGGAUACCAAAGCGUGCCACCACGUUCUUCCAUCCAUCCCACAUCAUUCCUUCCGGCACGCGUAUACAGUCAUCGCAAGAAUACUCUGGUCAACAUUACUGCCAAGCGCGAAUUCGAUACCCUGCCAAGACUCCCGAAGAUGAACAGCGACCGCGGAACUCGCCGCCGCAGCACGACUACCUCAACGGCGGACACGUCGUCUUCGAGAGGGCAACAUUCUUUCAUAUCAAAAAUCAGCCUACCACGAUGAACAAUUGCCCUGCAAUAGAGCGGAUCCGAAAGAUAGACGUGUCAAAGAAUGGUACGAUGGAGGAUUUCCUCAAACAGAAGUCGUCAAGGAGAAAGGGAAAGAGCAUUAUCACCACUGCGAAGGAUCUGUUCUAG